UUUAUUAAAACUUUUUAUUAAAUUCCAAAGACGGCCAUCUAAGUCUCUGAGCAACAAACUUCCUCUAACUUUCUUUGCCUUAUCGUUUUCUUUCCUUAGCUCUUGUUUUUUCUACCUUCUCCACCCAAAUCCUCCAUAAGCCGGAGACUUUACUUGUUCUUCCAUAUUUCACCAUUUCCCUGUCGAUCCAUCUAUCUUCACUGGCGAUCGUGAGAAAAAUUCUCUUAAGCCUCUUGAAACUUAAAUAUCAGGUAUCAUUGCUACCAGAAGAGGAGCUAUUGGAAUACAAUCUUCUAAGUUUUCGGACUUAACUAGUGUGCCAAGAAAUUUAGGAUUUAAUGGUCAAGAGCCAUGUCCGUCGUUGAAGCUGCUUUAUCUGUUUUCUUUGAAGGGUUGUUUAGUAAGUUGGCCUCUUCUGAGUUUCUCAACUUUGUAACUGAGAAGGAAGUUUGCGAGGAACUCAAGAAGUUGGAAAAGACUUUGCGCAAUAUUCAUGCAGUGCUAGAUGAUGCAGAGAAGGACCGGCAUGUGAAAAGUUGGUUGGUCCAGCUUCAAGACUUGGCAUACGAUGCGGAUGACAUAUUGGAUGAGUUUGCUACAGAAGCUUUGCGACUCAAGUUAAAGAGGGAACAUCAAGAUCACAGCGCCAGUAAGGUACAAAAGCUCGUUCAUACUUGCGUUACCAGGUUCAGCAGUCAUUUAUCAUUUAAUAAGGAAAUGAUGUCCAAGAUAAAAGAAAUCACUGCUAGAUUUCAAAAUUUAGAAGCACAAAAAAGUGUCUUGGCUUUGACUAAAAGUGGUGGUGGGAGGCCAAAAAGAGCAUCGGAAUGGCGAUCAACCACUUGCUUGGUGAAUGAAACUCAAAUCUGCGGUCGGAAAAAGACUAGGAAGCAAUCCUUGAAUUGA